GCCGGGCCCAUGGCGGCCAUCCGCAAGAAACUGGUGGUGGUGGGCGACGGCGCGUGCGGCAAGACGUGCCUGCUGAUCGUGUUCAGCAAGGACGAGUUCCCCGAGGUGUACGUGCCCACCGUCUUCGAGAACUAUGUGGCCGACAUCGAGGUGGACGGCAAGCAGGUGGAACUGGCGCUGUGGGACACGGCGGGCCAGGAGGACUACGACCGCCUGCGGCCGCUGUCCUACCCGGACACCGACGUCAUCCUCAUGUGCUUCUCGGUGGACAGCCCGGACUCGCUGGAGAACAUCCCUGAGAAGUGGGUGCCCGAGGUGAAGCACUUCUGCCCCAACGUGCCCAUC